AUGGCCUCGCCACGGCGCAUUGCCGUAGCCACGAGUUCGGCGAUCAUCCGACUGUCGGCCUUCAUGUUUUUAAGAUGGAUUCCUGGUCAUCACUUUGUACCUCUUGUGUUCACCUCGCUGGUGGUGUAUCUUACAUCAAUCUUCUCCUUAUUCAAGAACACCGCGCCUCAAGAAUGGCAGACGGGAAAGCCCCAAAACCCGAACAGCCGUAAGCCGGUGUCUAGCCGACCUAAAUCUGGCGACUCCGUUCUCAAAACACUGUUGACUGGGUUGCCUUCGGCAAAGUGGCCCCUGUGGACACGAACGACAAUCUUGAUCAACAUCGUUCUAGCACUACUAACAGUCGACUUCCUGGCUCGCGGAUACUUUCUCUACCCUUCUGAGAAUGUUUCUUUCUCGCGCAUCGGAUAUGUCUCUCCAACUACUGCCAAACUGGUCUUUCGCGAGCCACAUUCCGAUCGCAUGCCCAUGGCAGUCAUGUAUCAAGAGGUCUCUGGGGAAUCCCAGGACUGGUAUGAAGAGGGCAUUGUCUACAAGCUAGACAACAGCACCGAUUUUACUGCGACCGUGACCAUCAUUGACCUAAAGCCAGCGACGCACUACCGCUACUCGCUGUCCAACAACAAAUCUGGGACAUUUACCACCGCACCAAUGCCCGGAACGCAGGAAGCAACCAGACUAUCAUUUGUAACAUCAAGUUGCCUGAAGCCAAACUUCCCAUACAACAUCCUCUCGCAUCCAUUGCGAGUUCCUGGCCUAGAGCAAAUGACCUCCGCCCUAGCCAAACUCCCAAAACUCCUCCGCCCAUCCUUCAUGCUCUUCUUAGGUGACUUCAUCUACAUCGACGUGCCCUGGCGCUUCGGCUCAAGCAAAGCCCACUACCGCAGCGAAUACCGACGAAUCUACUCAUCCCCCUCCUGGACCCACGGCCCAGAAGAAAACCGCGCAAUCGACCUCCCCUGGCUGCAUACGCUCGACGACCACGAGAUCGAAAACGACUGGUCCCAAGGCAACAAAACAGCCCCAUACCCAGCAGCCGCAGACCCAUUCAUCCACUACCACGUCCGUGGCAACCCGCCAAUCCCCCCAUCACCCCAAGCCCACCCAGACAACGUAACAUACUUCGCCUUCACCCACGGGCCCGCCUCCUUCUUCAUGCUCGACACCCGCACCUACCGCACCGAGCCAUCGUCACAAAACCCCACCAUCCUCGGCAACGCCCAGCUCCAAUCCCUCCUAACCUACAUCGCAACCCCAGAGCCAGCAGGGACAUACUGGAAAAUCAUCUCCUCCAGCGUCCCAUUCACGAAGAACUGGCACGUCGGCACAAACGAUACCUGGGGCGGAUUCCUCGACGAGCGCCGCACCGUCUUCGAAGCAAUGUGGCGCGCCGAGCGCGAACUAGGAAUCCGCAUCGUCCUCCUCAGCGGCGACAGACACGAGUUCGGCGCGACCCGAUUCCCGGACCCAACACUCGAAUCGGGCCCGGAGAUGCUGCAACCCAAUACGGCCGGACACGGUGUCCAUGAAUUUAGCGUCGGGCCAUUAAGCAUGUUCUACCUACCUAUCCGCACAUACCGACAGACAGACUCUGAAGACGUUGCCGUGAAGUAUGCACCGACGGGGAAUAGUAAGUUUGGACUCGUUGAGAUUGCGGAUGAUGUCGAGGUUGUGCCGGGGACUUCUGUGAAGGUCCGCAGCUCGGCGCUUACUUACUCGCUGUAUGUUGAUGGUGAGGCUGUUUGGAGGUAUCGUCUUACUGUUCCCUUGGAUCGGGAUGAUAGUCUGCAUGGACCGGUUUUACCGCCUGGUCGUGUGCUUGAGGAUAAGAUUGCGGAUGUCGAUUGGAGUGUUGUGCUUGGGAGUGUUGUUGGGCGGAUGCCGGAGUUGGGGAAAUGGGUUGUUGAGUCGGUUUCGGACUUUUAUUUGGAGGUUGCGAGUCGGGUGCAGAAGGCUGAGAGGCUUGAUUAG